AUGAUAGGUGAAAAAGUUCGCGACGCUGUUCUUGAAAAUUUCAAACGAUAUGAUCGUGAUCGUCAUUUGAAUCAAUUAUGUAGCGAUGAUCUUGAACUUUUGAAGAAAUGGCGAUUUGAUCAGAACUUAACAGCAGCUUAUGCUGAGUAUUUGACAGUUCAAGGCUGGAAUGAUAUGAAAUACAUGGCAAUUGAAUUUCAAAGAACUUUUCAAAAUUUAAUCGAACCAAGGUUUUCGAGAGACAAAUUUAAGUUUGGAUUCACUGACACUCAACGAACUGAAGCAAGUUACAAAGCAUUUGCUGAAGGUUUAUUUGGACCAAAUGCUGAAGGAGUUAUCAAUGCAAAAGCUGAAAGUAAUCAAAGCAUUUUGUUGCGACCUUAUGAAGCUUGUCCCGAGUUUUUGAAACAAGAAGAAAGAGCUAAAGAUCAAAAUUCUGAAUAUUCAAAGUUCAUGAACUCAGAUGUUUACAAGAAAGUUUUUAAAGUUGGAAUUUAUGAUAGCGAGUAG